UUACUCCGUCCGCAUCCGUGCUCAUCUUUUGUAAACACAGCAAGUCAAAACAGCUCUGCGUGUCAUUGUCAUGUCGGAUCAACGCAAAACACCUCAAAAAGAUAAUACUGAGGAUGAUUCAAGUAAUUUCUGGAUAAAAGCUGCGGCUGCAGUUGUUGGCGGCGCUGCUUUAACAUAUGGGGCUGGAAAAUUAAUUAAUUCUUUAGGAUUUGAAGAAAAUGGAAUCCGAAAAGGUUCACCAGCUUCAAGAUAUCAAAGCAAAACUUACGGCGGUGAAACUCCAAAAGAAGGCCUUUUUUCCAGUUUACAAAGAACAGGUACAACUGAUCUUUCGACAGCAGAAAAGGUGGGUGCAGGGGCCAUAACAAGUCUGGCCAUUUAUGGAGUAGCUGAGAUGAUAGAUCAAUUCACCUCGUCAUCACAGAAAAAGGAAUAGAAAUCAUGCUUUGUUCAAAAUAAAAAUAUUUUUGUAUG